AUGGCUGAAGUCUCCGGGCCGAUGGACACAGACUCUUAUAUUGAAGCCUCAGACGAUGUAAACACAGAUUUAGAUACUCUGAUACAAAAACGUAAUUUAUUAGCUAACAAUUUAACAGUGCAACCUAAAUAUGAAAAUAAAAGCGGCGCAUUUACGACCGGGAUAGACAUAUUCAGCAAAGAGGAGCAGCAAAAGCUAGAAGAGCGCGCGAAGCGCUUCGGAAUGAAAGAAAAUGCCCGUCAACUGGACGUAGAGGACGAGGAAGAAUUAUACGAGAGCAUGGGAGUCUCUGAGAGUGACGAGAGCGCCAAGUACACGAGGUUCAACACUUUGCACAUGCGAGGUACGGACAACAUGAGUACACAAGACGUGUUUGAUUAUUUUAAGGACUACGCGCCAGCUUCUAUCGAGUGGAUCAACGACAUUUCUUGCAACGUCGUCUGGCUGGACAAAAUUUCCGCCGCCAGGGCGCUGAUAGGCUUGUCCAAGCGCAUAACCUCCAAGGAGCCGGCCAAGGAAGAGGAUGAUGCAAUGGAGGGCCUUGAAAAGAAGCCAGCGGUUAGUAUCAAGGACAUUGAUUUUCCUCUCCCUCCAGGAAUCUGGAGAAAAGGCGUAGAGUGCGCAAAAUCCAAGACAGUGCUGCUGAGGUUCGCUACUACGUCGGAUAAGAAGCCCGCGAAUGCGGAAAAAAUGAGUGAGUAUUAUAAAAAACACGGGAACCCUAAUUAUGGCGGGAUUAAGGGGAUUCUGACCCAGUCCAGGAAGCGGAAGUACAGGGACGUUAAUUGGCAGGAAGAAGAGAAGGAAGCUCUUAAGGAGGGCUUCAAAAAUCCCUGGGGUUCUUUGUCGGAAGCUUGGGGAAGUAAUGACCCCGUUGAAGUUUAUCAGCGCGAGCGACCUCUGGUGGAGAGAACCGGAAUUAAGGAACGGCUUGGAGUCAGAGCCAAGGAACAGGUGAUUGAAGGAACGGAGAGGGAGGGCAAGGUUAAAAGCAAGGUUAUGAAUAUAAAUGUGGUGCAGACUGUUGAGGAUAAGAGUGAAGACAGCGCCAGUCAGAGCGACAGCGACAGUGAUGAUGGCUGGAACAAGAGGAACAAGAUUCUUAGGAUGAGGAUGCACGCUGAUGAUGAGGAGGAGAAGGUUCAGAAGAAAAGGCUCACGCAAAUGAAGCUCAAGAUGCAGGAUAAGGUUCAGGGAACUGAUUUGAGGUCCAGGUUAGGGAGGGGAAAACCUGCGGUUUAUCAUGAGCCUAUUAGAGUUACUGUUACUAAUCUGGAGUAUGGGAAGAAUUUGCAUUUGGAGGAGGAGGAAGAGGAGGGGGAAGAACAGGAGGAAGAGGUUGAGGAGGUGGAGGAGAAUGAAGAAGAGGAGGAAGAGGAGGAUAAGGAAGAAGGAGAGUGGGAAGAUGAGGAACCGGUGCAGGAACCGGAGGAAUCGGAUUCUGAUAGCAGCGACAUCUCGGAGAAGGAAGUUCAAGGUCCUAAGGGGAGUGUUAUUAAGGUUAUUACGCGGCCGAAACCUAGGGUUGCUUCUACUGUUUGGGCUAGGUUGAAUAAUGAAGAGAAGAAUAGUUCUGAAAGAAAUGAAGUGAAAAGCGUAAUAAAAGCUGACCUGAGAUCUCGACUGGGAUUCCACAACAGAGGAAGAUCUCCCCUGAGAAUAGAGGUGAAAAACGACAAGUACGCUGAAGAAAGUGACUCGGAAUAA